GUGUGCUGCUUUAUUAUUGUAGUUUAUUUGAUGCUAGAUUGCGUUUGAUAUGAUUUUUAAAAUGUUAGUUGGCUGAUGAGAAAAUGCAAGAGAAAUAGAAAAUAAUUUAAAAAUGACUAAGAACUUAUAAAAUAAAGGAAACCUGUGUAUCUGUCUUUUGCUUUUGUGUCAACAAUAGCUCAGGGCGUUUGCUUUAAUUUCCUGGUGUAGUUCUAAAGAAUGUGGCCGCCUUUGAACGUAAGCGGUUGGCUGUCGUCCGACCGUGACGCCACACCUGGUUGGCGUACAGCCUCUGCUACUUGGAGUCGCCUGUUGAGCGUCGGGGACUAUAGGUCGAAAUACACGUGCAGAAUGCGGCAGUACUGGUUUAUAUGCAUGGGUUCCAAGGGGCGAGUCAUUUUUCAUUUCCGUGAGUGCCUUUUCUGACUUUCGGUGCGUUGUACUGUAAGUAUUAUCACGCCGUGACUGCAACUCGUUCACUAACUGUUAUCCAUCGAGCUGAGGACAACCGGCGGAGGGAGGAAAUGCGGAUUCAUUCGAAGAAGAAGAAUAUUGUUGUGGCAGUGCUGCUUGUCAUUGGGGGAUUAUACUUCAUUAACCAUUCGGACUUCCUUCUGGCUGUCUUUGCAAGGUCACCUGAAAUAGUUCUUAAUGAGUUAACAUGGCAAGCAGACAGACCGGUUAGUAUGGAGUCCUGGAUUGACCAGGCAGAUUAUCUGAGUUUCAAUGUGUCCUAUCAGCUGCUUGCUGGAGUGCUACCUACUCAACAGAAGUAUUUAUCUGUUGGAUUAUCCUCAGUAAAGAGGAAGAAGGGCAGCUAUCUGGUCCCCACAUUGAAAUCCAUCUUCUCCCAGUCGUCUCCUGAGGAGCACUCCUUCAUGGUGGUGGUAGUGCUGCUAGCAGAUUUCGACGUCAGCUGGAGAGUCGACACUGUGAAGGAGAUCAAAUCAGCUUUUGCCUCUGAGUUGGAAAAAGGCCACAUUUUGGUCAUCCAUGUUCCCCAGGACUGGUACCCUCCGAUUACAGGUCUGAAGAGGAAUUUCAACGAUGCUCCAGAAAGGGUGACGUUCCGCUCCAAGCAGAACCUGGAUUAUUCCUUCCUCAUCCACUACUGUGCAGGUCUUGGACGGUAUUACCUCCAGCUAGAGGAUGAUGUGUUCUCUGCAAAAAACUUCCUCACAACCAUUAAAAAGCGAGUUGAGGAGCAAGAAGGAAAGAAGUUCACCUGGGCAACGUUGGAAUUCUCUGCCCUCGGCUAUAUUGGUAAACUCUACAAAUCAGCCCAUCUUCCUCUUCUGGCUCGCUUCCUCUUCAUCUUUUACCAGGAAAUGCCCUGUGACUGGUUGAUGACUCACUUCCGAGAGGUGAUGACUCAAAAGGAGACCAUCCUUUUCAAACCCUCGCUGUUUCAACACAUGGGAACUUUCUCCUCAUUUCAAGGCACAUACAAUAAGCUGAAAGACAAGGAUUUUGAGGAGGAUGUCUAUACCAAUCCUUCAGCUGAAGUUUACUCUGACAUGUCCACCUAUCAGAAGCACUUCCCCAAGCUGGCCUGGGAUGCUGGCGAAGGAUUCUUCUGGGGCCGCACCCCAGAAAAAGGAAAUUGCCUGACUGUAGUGUUUACUGAACCUACUGUGGUGACAGGGAUAUUUGUAGAAACAGGUUCAGGAGGCAAAGACAUCCUGGAGUCAGGUGAGGUGGAGAUGGGUCACAAUGUGGUGGCCACAGACAAAGAGAAGAGUUGUACAGAGUUUGAGUCAGUGGGAACAUUUGAGAAUGGAAAGUUUAAAAUGCAGGAGAUGGAUAAAAAGUACAGCUCAGCCUCUUCGUGUCUGAAGAUAAAGGUCACAGCUACUCAGAAGGACUGGUUGAUCAUUACGAAAAUCAGAAUCACCACAAAGCUGACUGUACCUCAUCAAUAGACAUAGAUGUUAGUUCUUCCUGGCAGAUUAAAAACUAUUUUGAUCAAAAUCUGACAAACUGAACUUGGGACUUGUGUGCCUUGUUAAAAUGUUUUAUUUAUCAAACAUCAACUAAGUGCUCUAAGCAAAUUGUCACUUUGAAGCAAGUUUGACCAAACUUUGUGAUGACAUGUUGUCUCUUCACAGAAUCAAAGAGCUAUAAGCAGACAACCAACUCCAUGUGUUGUAUGUAUGUAUGUAUUGUUAAUGCAUUUGGGUAAUUGCAUUGUGUGUGAAACUGCACUCAUCAUUAACUCAUUGUUUUAAAAUGAAGACGAGAGAAAACCCAUGUGCUUAUUAUGAAACCUAUUGACUGUAGGUUGAAACCUACGGUCAAUAUGUAGUCAAUGCUUGUGAUGGCUAGCUGACAUAUUACUUGUUUGUCUCCCCUCACCAGUAUCAGGCUUGCUAUGGCCUUUCGCACCAGCAGCCUAAUUCAAACCUCAGGCCAGAUCUAUAAAUAGUGUACAUCUGUCACAUGUUACAACAACUACACAGUUGUUGAGACGGGACAGACGCCGGGUCCCAUUUGCAGUCUGAUCUUUCUGUCUGUCUUUCUUUUUUUUUUCUUUUUUUUUUUUUUUAAAUAGGAAUUUUUGCUUUCUUAAAUACCUCAGCUCCUUUUUCCAAUAAGUACAUAUGUUUUUAUUUAAUUCUGCGGGGUGCACUAUAAAGGGUAAUGGGUUAACAAGGUAUGUUGAGUUUUCAAUAUCACAAAAGCAGUACACUGGGUUCUUUCUGUUGGCUCACAGGAUUAAAAGUCUGGGUUCAAAUGUGCCAACUGAAAGUUUUAUUUGGAGUUUAUAUGUUCUCCUUGUGUCUGUGUAGGUUCUCUUUGGGCACCGUAGCUUCUUCCUACAGUCCAAAGACAUGCACGUUAGGUUAACUUUUGGUUGUAAAUUUUCUGCAGGUGUGAAUGUGAGCAUGAGUCAUUGACCAUUUUUCUGUUGGUCUUGUGAUGGACUGGUAACCAGCUCAGGUGACUCUUGGCUUCAGGCUCCCAUGCCCAAAUCUAAAUCUGAUAAACAGUUAAGAGGAUGAAUGGAUCCCUUGACUAGAUUAAAUUUAUAUUGCACAUCUAACUUGCUUCAGACCAGUUUACACUCUUUUGCAUUAAACUGGGCUGAUAAAAGCAUGCCAAAGUAUCCUUGGGUAAGAUACUGAAUCCUGAUGUAUUCAUUUGAUUGUGAGUGGGUGUGAAUGUUACAUAGAAAGCGGUUGAACACUGAUGUAUAAAUGGGUAAAUGAGACAUCUUGUAUAAAGUGCUCGAGUAGAUAAAUGCUACAUAAGAACUAGUCUAUUUACCUUUCCUGCAUGCAGAGUUAGCCACUGUGGCAACCUGUUGUGAAUAACAGAGCAGACAAAAGUAGCUAUUUCUCUCUGAGAGAAAGUGUCCAUCCAUUAGCCACCUGUUGAACAGCAUGUUUUUAACACAGCCCAACAAAGAUAUGCACUGAAGACACAAAGGUAUGUCUUUCCACUGAAACUUGCAUUCAUUCAGCUAAUUAGACAAAUCUGUUCCACUUUUAGAAUAUAUAACGGAUAAUAAUCAGUGAGAUUAAUUUCACUUUAAUUUGGCUAAAAACUAAAUUUCUGCAUCUACUUCUUCGUAGGGCAGUAAUUAAAGUUUAUAGUGUAAAAAGUAGAUUAAAAAUAUUCUGUGAGAAUGCCCCUCUUGCCUUUUUUUUUUUUUUUUU